CCCAUGAUGCAUUGCUCUUCCAACGGCUUCAGUCAAUUCAAGUAGCAGCCCACCGCCGGUGUGUUUCGGCGUGAAUGUGUGCGUUCUCCAGUUGUUAUUGAGCUGCUUUUCAGGGACCUGUUGGGUUGCGUAACGAACCGGAUCACGAGCCGAUCCGGACCGGUUGGUAAAAGCGGUCGAAGAGCCGAGUUUUGGCCUCAUGCUUCGGGAUGUUUUCCGGCCUGUAACGGGAAGCAGAAGGUUUAGGCGCCAGAAUCGUAGCUUGACUGAAUCGGACAACCAGCAAGCACAACAAACACGGGUGAAAAUAAAGAAAAAUUCCGUUGAAUGGAUUUGGAUUCUGGACGAAACGAAUCAGGGGCGAUGGGAGAAUCGAUACAGCCGGCCACACCGAGUCGCCACGAGAAAAGCCUUGGAUUAUUAACCACCAAGUUUGUCACCCUGCUGCAAGAAGCCAAGGAUGGAGUGCUGGACCUUAAAGCUGCUGCUGAUACGCUGGCCGUACGGCAGAAACGGCGGAUAUACGACAUCACCAAUGUUCUCGAGGGCAUCGGGCUGAUUGAGAAGAAAUCAAAGAACAGCAUACAGUGGAAAGGUGUAGGUCCUGGCUGCAACACACGAGAGAUUGCUGAUAAGCUGAUAGAUCUGAAGCUGGAGCUGGAAGAUCUGGACAGAAGAGAACAUGAGCUGGACCAGCAGAGGAUCUGGGUGCAGCAGAGCAUAAAAAAUGUGACUGACGACUCACAGAACAGCCCUCUGGCCUACGUGACGCAUCAAGAUCUCUGCAACUGCUUUAAGGGUGACACUCUGCUAGCGAUCCGAGCGCCUUCAGGCACACAGCUGGAGGUGCCGAUACCAGAGUCUGUUGUAAACGGACAAAAGAAGUACCAGAUCCACUUAAAAAGUUCCUCGGGCCCUAUCGAUGUUCUUCUGGUGAAUAAGGACCCGGCCAGCGCCUCUCCGGUCGUGUUACCUGUUCCCCCUCCGGAAGACAUGCUCCAGAGUCUCCCAGCCUCCUCGGUUUCUGCUCCAUCUGCUCCUGUCGCUGCCCCUACCGCCAAACCUGCAGGCAACAGUACAACAAGUACAGCUGUUAAUAACCAGAGGCCUGCAAACACGACUGCUGCACCCGCUACAGAAGCCCCCAGCACUGCCCCCUCAAACACACCGGCCAAUCAGAAUCCACUAGAGGAGAGCCAGCAACUUCAAUCCUCAGCCUCGUUGGAUAGCAGCUCGUCGCUUCCUGAGUCCUCGGCCGUCUUUGAACCAAUCAAAGCGGACCCUUCAGAGUUGCUGGAUCUCCCUAAAGAACUUUCAGAAAUGUUUGAUCCUACUAAAGAAAUCAUGAGUGCAGAUCUACUGGAAGAGCUCAUGUCAUCAGAAGUUUUCUCUCCACUCCUCCGCCUCUCACCACCUCCCGGCGACCACGACUACAUCUAUAAUCUGGACGAGACAGAGGGCCUGUGUGACCUUUUUGACGUCCCUAUUGCCAACCUUUGACCUCCAUACGCACGUGAUGAGAGUAGUACCUGUAUUUAACAAAAGAAGCCCGCCUUUUUUAUUUAAAAGGUUCGGCUGCGUUUCAUAUCCAUGUGAAUAAGCUGAUUUUAUGUGUGUAUAUAUAGAGUUGUACGUUUUUAUGUUUUGUUUCUCUUUUUGUAAUAUCCUCUACCCAAAGCUGCGAUCUACUGAACAGUGGCACGGAACGUCCCCCUGCCUCGCUCUGUGCUUGACAUUGCCGAAGCUUCGCCUAUUUUUUAUUUUAACAGCCGUGCUUUUUAAACACGUUUGAACCCAGCAACAGGAUGAAAGACAUUGUGUUGCUACUUUGGUCAAAUACACAAUCGGAAACACCAGCAGGAAUACCAGCUCUAGUCCCUGACCUGUUUUGUUUUUGUUUGUUUUUUGGUUUUAAACUGUCCUCCUAUUGGUUUAUAGAAGUGGGUGUAAAGUUGCUUGCUUACACAACAUUUGCUUUUAUCACAUGCACAGCUGUUUUCAUCACGUUUGUCUUUCAAGCAUUCUUAAAACAUCUCCAUAUUAUAAAAGUAUGAGCGCUUGGCUGAGCACCACAGAGAGAGAUGCACUAGAUUUCAGGUUUGGUGUCAAAUUUCCCAGCAAAAAGCAUCGUUAGGAGCAGUUUGUAACUUUUAGAGCCAUCUCAUGCGGAGCUGAUUUUUUCCAUGAACAAAUUUAACACAAACAAAACACAAGCUCUGUUAAAUGGUACUAGUGCAAAUCAGUUUUUAUAAGGUAUCUUUAAAUUUAUAUGAUUAUUACUGGUCUGGAAACACCUUUGAACAUUACAAGCUGCCAUUAAAGGAAAAAUCCACCCUGAACUUAUCAGCAUUUAUAAUUAACUUGAUCAUCACUGGCGUCUAAGCUUCUGUCGUUAACGUUGUCUGUUUUCCAUUUGGUUAGCAGUUUCCUACAUUACCCACAAUUCUGAUCGUGAUGCCGUGGGAUUUAGCCCUGUCGUCACCUCUAGAUAAAGAGAAUGAUGCAGCAGCGCUUCAGACCUUGAGUCUGUUCAGCGCUCUCAGCUCAAACGAAUCAGUUUCCAAAGCUUAAAACUUCUGCGAUUUCUAGUCCAAUGUUUGCUCCAGUGUCUCCGCUACUUCUAGGCUGGAUUACUCAUUAAUAUGAUGUUUAAGGGGGCGGGAGAAUGAGUGAGAAAUGAAACUCUUGCUCUGUUGUUUCACCGAUUGAGCAGCAUCGUAACUGUGCCACUAUCUUCUUUGAACUUCUCACAGGAACAAGAAGAAUUAAAUCAGGACUUGAAUGUCUAUGCACAUCCCAGAUAUUUCAAUAUGAACACAUUCAAUGUGUGUUACGGUGGAGUUCUCCUUUGGCAACCGAAACGGGUCUGUGGUGCUUGUUCUGAUGUUUUGGGACGUAGUGUUUUACAGCUUCAGUUUUCCGGCUUUACAUUUACUUGUCACAUAUGCUUAAAGCAGUUGAACGUCAAGGGCCUUACUCAAAGACUCAUCACCGUCUCAGCAUUUCCUCUCACAUCCUUUCGUUCGACUACUCCACUGUGGAUUGAGAUCGUUGGUCUUUUGUUUAUUUGCUUCCCCCAAAACACACUAUAAGCAUAUUUGUAUAUUCAUUUAAUUGUCACUUAACCGGACAGAACCUUAUGCAUUCAUAACUAACUCCUGGUGUUAAUGUAUGUACAUCAGAAUGAGAAUGUAUAGCAACUGUGUAAUUUAAGCUGUUAAUUGUCCUCUGAAACAUGUGCUUAACCCGUUUCUCCUUCUGUUAUGUCCAGUUCUAUAGUCCUGCCAUCUGUUAUUCAUUUCCAUGUAUGUAAGCUAUAUAUUUCCACUCAUUGUAGCUGAAAUACGUUUGCACUGUUUGUAUAUGAGCAUGACUAUGUAAAGAAGGAAAUCUGCUCAGUACCACAUCUACAGCUGUAAACAGUUUAUUGCAUCUUCUCUGGAACAGAACUGUUCCCUAUUUUUAAAAAAUGUAUUUCUUUUAGCUGAAGGAUAUUUUUAUGGUUGUACACCAUCAUUAUUUUUGUACAGGCUAGAGAGUUCGACAGAUUAAUUAUGGUAUGCACAAAGCAGACUUGAUUUCUCUGAUGAUAACAUGGUCAUCUCCAUAUUCGCACUUUAAGGCAGUACGAUCACUUGGGUUUCAUUCGUCCACUCCUUUCUGCUGGACGGAGAGCUUCAUUUCAGUCCAGGGAAAUGUUACAACCUUCACUCUUCUGUCUCAAUGCCAUCCAUUGAGGUUCUUUGUAACGGAGUAGCCUGCCAGAAUGGCUAUCUGUGAAAGAAAUAAAUGACAACAGUUUUGUAA